UCUUUGCCCUAAUUCGUUACAAUGUCAAAAAGAAAAAUGGAAAACUUAUUCUUUAGUGAGUCAAAUAGCAGUGAAAAUGAAAGCUUUUACGAGGCUUACACAAAUUUGGAUAGUAACAAUGAGGAAGAAAUCAGAUUUCCUAGAAAUAAAAAUAUAAAUAGAAUUACAUCGUCUGAUUCUGAUUCGGAUAUUGAUAAGUGCAAUCAUAGUGAUACUGAAUGUAAUGAAGAUACUGUCGACGAGAUUUUACAAGAAUUAGUCACUGAGGGAGAAAGAAGAACUGACGAUACCGAGGAAAGUACAAUUCAAUUUGGCGAAUGGAAUGAAUUUAGUGGUCGGCAGAAGUCAUUUUCUUCUCCCGAGACAGAUGGCCUCAUGAGGCAAUUACCUGGCGAUGUUAAUUCAUAUGAUGCGUUUAAGCUGUUCGUUGAUGACGAAAUAGUAAACUUAUUUGUAUCAGAAAAUUACAACAGGGAGGGAUAUAAAUAUUAGAAUAUUUAAAGAAUUAUUAGCUGCAAAAUUAUUAGGAUUGUCUGAAAAUACAAAAUAUCCUUGUCUUCGAUGGAGUCAGCAUAAUAUCGCCGCCCGGAAAAAUGAUUCCGGAAGAAGCAUUAGACACGCAUGCAAACUAUGUUAUGCAAAUGAAAAACGUCGAAUGGACUGAACAAAGACAC